AUGUACCUUGAAUCUGAGAGCAAGGAAGUUACUGCAUAUCAAGCCAGAGACUCAAACAGCCUUGCUCACCUGGUUACUGUUCGCACUGGACCAGGAGAGGCUGACCUGCACAGAAGCAGGCCAGCACCUCUAACCAUGGAGCAGAAGAGGAGAAGUUUAUCCCCGGAACCACCAGAAGGAGGAAGGAGAGGGAAGGACCUGCUUGUUUCUCAUUCUAAGUGCACAAAACAGCUUUAUUGGAAUAUGGCCAUGCCUAGUCCUUUACAUGUUCUCUACGACUUUUCACGCUACAGCGAUAUCAGUUGUGUUUGUUAUUACGGAGAUUCCUAUCUAGAAUUUCGGAAUGUGUUUUUAAAUCCACAAAAUAACAUCUCCCUAGAAUUUCAGACCUCCAACGCCUAUGGACUCCUGCUCUACAUCAAACAAGACUUAGAUUCAGGAGAUGGACUUUUUAUUCAAUUAUUUAUUGAAAAUGGUACUUUAAAGUACCACUUUUUCUGUGCUGGUGAAGCAAAAUUGAAAAGCAUUAACACUACUAUUAAAGUGGAUGAUGGACGAAAGUAUACACUGCUUAUCAGGCAAGAAUUGGAUCCAUGUAAAGCUGAACUGACUAUUCUAGGGAAGACUAUAAAUUCAAGCGAAUCUAUUGGUUAUGUACCAGGAAAAGCACUGCCAGAAUCAGGGUCUGUCUUUAUUGGUGGACUUCCAGAUCUUCAUGAAGCAAACCAGAUUUCUGGACCAGUUGAGAAUUUUACUGGCUGCAUAGAAGUUAUAGAAAUCAAUAACUGGAGAUCUUUCAUCCCAUCCAAGACAGUGAAAAAAAUUCACAUUGACAGUUGCAGAUCCCAGGAUUCUACCCCGUCAGCAACGUCCGCGUCUGUCCCUCCUUCUGGGGCCGCGGAAGGGGCCGGUUCCCCGGGGGCCUCACUCGUCCCCCGCGUGGCGCCGGCCACGUGCCAGGGGCGCGUGUGUCACCACGGGGGCACCUGCCGCACCGUCCUCCUCCCGGGGGGCGUCUUCUCCUUCCAGUGCGACUGUCCGCUCCAUUUCACCGGCCGGUUCUGUGAACGAGAUGCAGGUUUAUUUUUUCCAUCUUUCAAUGGGAAUUCCUACUUAGAACUGCCUUUUUGUACAACCCUGAGGAAGGAACGUAACAGAAUUGUUAACAUCUACUUGACUAUACAAACAAGCACUUUGAAUGGAACAAUUCUCUACAGUAAUGAGAAGAAUUUUGGACAACAGUUUCUUCAUUUAUUUCUUGUGGAAGGAAAGCCCACAGUUAAAUACGGAUGUGGAAGUUCUCAAAAUAUCUUGACUCUUUCUGCUAAUUACAGCAUUAACAGAAAUGCAUUCAUCCCUAUAACAAUACGCUACACAAUGCCUGUUGGCAGCCCUAGGGUUGCUUGUAUGAUUGAAAUGGCUGCAGAUGGAAAACCUCCAAUACGGAAAGAAGACACCAAGAUACCUCAUGUGUCCCAGGUAUAUUUUGAAAAAUUGUUCCUUGGCCAUAUCCCUGCAAAUGUUAAGAUUCCUAAGAAUGCAGGCCACGUUUAUGGAUUCAAGGGCUGCAUUCAAGAGCUUCAAGUAAACAACAAAGAAUUCUCCCUCAUCGAUGAAGCCCUGAGUGGGAAAAACAUUGAGAACUGCCACAUCCCUCGGUGUGAGCAUCAUCUGUGCCGCAAUAAUGGUACCUGUGUCAGUGAUAGUGAAACUUGGUUUUGUGACUGUCCAAGGCUGUACUCGGGCAAGCAGUGCCAGUUUGCAACUUGUGAAAGCAACCCAUGUAGAAAUGGUGCCACCUGUGUUCCUAAAUCCGGGACAGACAUUGUCUGCCUCUGUCCGUAUGGAAGGUCUGGUCUCCUGUGCAUUGAAGCUGUUCACAUCACCCAGCCCAGGCUCAGUGGGAUGGAUGCCUUUGGAUAUACCUCGUUCCUGGCUUAUUCACGGGUCCCAGACAUCAGCUAUGAUUACGAGUUCCACUUGAAGUUUCAGCUGGCAAACAACCACUCAGCAGUGCAAGACAACUUGUUAUUUUUCACUGGACAGAAGGGCCAUGGGCUGAGUGGUGAUGACUUCCUGGCCGUGGGUCUGCGUAGCGGCCGCGUGGUUUACAGUUACAACCUGGGAUCUGGCACAGCAAGUGUCAGCAGCGAUCCCCUCGAUCUGAGUCAUGGGAUCCACACGGUCCUUCUGGGGAGGUCCUUCCGAGCAGGCUGGCUGAAGGUAGAUGAUCAGCAAAAUAAAUCCAUCAUCUCUCCAGGAAAACUGGCUGGUCUCAAUGUCUUCAGUCAGUUUUAUGUAGGUGGCUACAGUGAAUACACUCCAGAUCUCCUGCCGAAUGGAGCCGAUUUUAAAAAUGGCUUUCAAGGUUGUAUUUUUACUCUGCAAGUUCGCACUAAGAAGAAUGGCCAUUUCAGAAGCCUGGGGACGCCUGAGGGCCACCCGAAUGCUGGGCGCAGCGUUGGCCAGUGUGAUGCUUCUCCCUGUCGCUUGAUGAAAUGUGGCAACGGUGGCACGUGUGUGGAGCAGGGAUCGACUGUUUACUGUAACUGUCCUAGUGGAUGGAAAGGAGCCUUUUGCACGGAGACAGUUUCCACCUGCGACCCUGAGCAUGACCCUCCACACCACUGCAGCAAAGGAGCAACUUGUGUCUCGUUGCCUCAUGGAUACACCUGUCACUGUCCACUAGGAACCACUGGAGUCUACUGUGAGCAAGCUUUGUCUAUAAGUGAUCCAUCUUUCAAAAGCCACGAAUUAUCCUGGAUGUCUUUUGCUUCCUUUCCUGUUCGAAAAAAGACACAUAUUCAGUUGCAGUUCCAGCCUCUUACUGCAGAUGGCAUCCUAUUCUACGUUGCCCAACGCUUAAAAGCAGAGUCAGGUGAUUUUUUAUGUAUCUCUUUAGUAAACGGUUCUGUUCAACUCCGCUACAAUCUUGGUGACAGAACUAUCGUUCUAGAAACUCUCCAAAAAGUAACUAUUAAUAGAAAUACUUGGCAUGUGAUUAAAGCAGGAAGAGAUGGUGCAGGAAGCUACCUGACUUUGGAUGGGAUAAAUGUAACAGAAAAAGCCAACGUUAAAAUGAGCUCCCUGGACACAAAUACCGACUUCUAUAUUGGAGGAGUGUCAUCCUUAAAUCUUGUAAAUCCCAUGGCAACAGGGAAAGAGCCUGUAGGUUUUCAAGGUUGUGUCCGAGAAGUUAUUAUAAAUAAUCAAGAAUUACAAUUAACCGAAUUAGGAGCAAAAGGUGGUUCAAAUGUAGGUGACUGUGAUGGGACAGCCUGUGGGUACAACGUGUGCAAAAACAGGGGUGAAUGUAUAGUAAAUGGCACAACUUUUUCUUGCAGCUGCUUACCACAUUGGGCAGGAAAUACAUGUGACCAGUCUGUGUACUGUUUGAAUAAUCUUUGCCUCCACCAAUCUCUAUGUUUACCUGACCAAUCAUUUUCUUACAGUUGUUUGUGUACUUUGGGUUGGGUGGGAAGGUAUUGUGAAAACAACACUUCAUUUUCAACUGCAAAAUUUAUGGGUAAUUCUUACAUUAAAUACACUGAUCCAGAUUACAGAAUGAGAAAUCUUCAGUUCACUACUAUAUCCUUAAAUUUCAGUACUACUGAAACAGAAGGUUUAAUCGUAUGGGUAGGAAAAGCUCAAAAUGAAGACAAUGAUUUUCUGGCAAUUGGUCUCCAUAAUCAGACCCUGAAAAUAGCAGUUAACUUAGGAGAAAGCAUCUCUGUACCUAUGAUUUAUAGCAAUGGUACAUUCUGUUGCAAUAAGUGGCACCAUUUAAUUAUAAUUCAAAAUCAGACUCUUAUUAAGGCCUACCUAGAUGACAACCUAAUUCUCUCUGAGGAUACUAAUCCACACAAAAAGUUUGUUGCUCUCAACUAUGAUGGUAUUUGUUAUCUGGGGGGCUUUGAAUAUGGCCGAAAGGUAAAUAUUGUUACUCAAGAGAUUUUUAAAAGAAGUUUUGUUGGCAAAAUUAAAGAUGUAUUUUUUCAAGAUUCAAAAAAAAUUGAGUUAAUUAAAUCAGAAGGAUACAAUGUUUAUAAUGGUGAUGAACAAGAUUAG